CAGUAAAUUUUUUGUUAUUUUUCUUUUCUAAAAUUCCAUAAUGCUUUUUAUUAAAAUUUUUAAUUUCGAUUGGACAAUUUAAUGAGGGGGAAAAUGAUUUUGUGUGUAUUUUUGAAGAGGGGUUAGGAAGAAGGGGGUUUGCGGGGUGGAAGUUAGAAGCGGAAAUUUUAGUAGCAGAAGAUGGGGAUGUUAAUAAAGGGGAUGAAGUUGUUUUGUUUAUUAUUUGAAUAAUGAUGAUAGUUAAAAAUAUUAAAAUUUUUUUAAUAGUCAUCCUUAAAAAAUAUUAUUUUUUUGAGAACGUAAAUACAGUUGAGUAUAGUAGCAGGCAGGCUGUAUACCAGGGGACGCGCCGACAGAAAAUCAAAUUCCCGAUUUUCGGGAAUCGUGAAUCGGGCCGGCGCGAUCUCUGCUGUAUACAAUACAGCUAG